AGGGAAGGAUGAUGAAGCUAAGAUGGCAGCGUUACUAAAGGUGCUGUCUUCACGGGGUCAAGAAAAACAUCAGGAUAAAACGCAAAGCAUAGACGUCAGGUCACGCAUUUGACUUUUUUCUCUUGGUGCGAUUGAACAUGAAAACUCGGUGUGGCCGGAUUGCUUGCAAUCGAGGAAAUUGUGUUCGAUUUUGAUCCGGGGAAGCGCAUUUCGCAGUUGCAGCAGAGCGGCUAACGUUAACCGUCAACGUCGUUGCAUCGCAAGCGCAAUUGAUCAGAGAGAUACUCGGAUGUAAUCCACCGGGGGUUUUGUGCGUUUGUACAUCGGAUAUAUGGACAGUAUUUGUCACUUUUAGUAUUAUCAAUUGACGUUAUUAUCCAAUAUAUGCGUUGUAUUCCUAAACGAUGAUGUGUGCUGCUGCGGCAGCGGGUGCCGGUGGGAUCCUGUCCUCCUCAUCCCACUCCAUGGGGCUGGGUGUCAGGGUCAUUCCUGGAGCUGGAAACGAUUUCGGAGCGAUUGGAUCAGGAAUGGGCUCCUGUCCCGUUAUGGGGGCUCGGUCAGACUGUCGGAGUCGUUACCAGCUUCUUCUCUCAGGGCGAGCGCUGGCAGAGAGGUACCGGAGGAUUUACACCACCGCCAUCAACGACAAAGAACAGGGGCUAAACCUCGGGAGGGGAAAGAAAGCUUUGAGUAAGAAGAAACUUAAAAGGCGGCAAAAAGUCAAAUCGAAAGUGAAAUCAAGAACAAAGUCAGACGCUCUGGAUGGGGCCUUCCCAGUGCCAGACAUCAAACUCCACAGCAACCCUUCGGCAUUCAAUGUCUACUGUAAUGUGCGACACUGUGUUCUCGACUGGCAGCAGAAGGAGACGACAUUGGCCCUGGCCUCACGCAAUUCUGUGCAGAGCGGAGACUCUGAUAGUGAGGAGGAGGAGGAGUACCGUGAACCUGCCGUAAAACUGCCAAAGAUCAUUGGUAUUGGACUGUGUGGAGUUUUUGAGCUCAUCAAAGAGACGCGCUUUUCUCACCCAUCACUGUGCUUGCGGAGCCUUCAGGCACUUCUGGACAUGCUGCAGGGCCAACAACCUGAGAGCUUUCAGACCGAACCUCCAGAUGUGCUUGAGUCUCUGUUCCAUCUUCUGUUGGAGACUACGGUGCGGAGCACAGGGAUGAACGACCCCACGGGUCAGAGCCUGACAGCGUUAUCUUGCGCCUGCCUCUUCAGUCUGGUGGUGGCCUGGGGUGACACUGGUAAAACUCUACAGGCUGUGUCUGCCAUCCUCACUAACAACGGCAGCCAUGCAUGUCAAACCAUUCAGGUUCCGAUGAUCCUGAAUGCUCUCCAGCGCAGUGUGCAGGCAGUUCUGGUUGGGAAAAUCCAGAUUCAGGACUGGUUUGGGAACGGCAUCAAGCGAGCUGCGCUGAUGAACAAAUGGGUUCUAAAGGAGGUGAACAUCGAUGAAGAUGAACACUGUCUUCUUCAAACAGAUGGUUCCUUCCUGUACCUUCUCUGCAAGGAUGGUCUCUACAAAGUGGGCUCAGGUUACAGUGGGACUGUCAGGGGCCAUGUGUACAACUCUACAUCACGUAUUAGAAACCGUAAGGAGAAGAGGUCAUGGCUGGGAUUCGCUCAGGGUUGUUUGCUCUAUCGGGACAUGAACAGUCACAGCAUGUCGGCCAUUAAAAUCAAUCCAGAGACCCUGGAGCAGGAGGGCACCAUCACAAUGCCUGGUCUUCAAGCAGAUGGGCAGAACAUUAUAUUCACUGAUGGAGAAUAUAUUAACCAAAUUGCAGCCUGCAAAGAUGAUGGCUUUGUGGUGCGGAUCUAUGCCACCAGCUCAGACCCAGCACUACAGCAAGAACUGCAGCUCAAACUGGCCAGGAAGUGUCUUCACGCCUGUGGCAUCUCUCUCUUUGAUCUUGAGAAAGACCUUCAUAUCAUCAGUACUGGGUUUGAUGAGGAAGCAGCUCUGAUUGCAGCCGGCCGAGAGUUUGCUUUGAUGAAAACAGCAUCUGGAAAGAUCUACUACACCGGAAAGUAUCAGAGCCUUGGUAUCAAGCAGGGUGGCCCAUCAGCUGGGAAGUGGGUGGAGCUUCCAGUCACUAAAUCGCCAAAGAUCCUUCAGUUCUCAGUGGGCCAUGAUGGCUCCCAUGCCCUGCUGGUGGCAGAGGAUGGGAGUGUCUUUUUCACAGGCUCUGCCAGCAAAGGAGAGGAUGGAGAAUCAACAAAGAGCAGAAGACAACCAAAGCCCUACAAACCCAAAAAGAUGAUCAAACUCGAGACCAAGACCGCGGUGUACACGGCCUGCAACAACGGCAGCAGCAGUAUUGUCUCUAAAGACGGAGAGCUCUACAUGUUUGGCAAGGAUGCCAUUUACAGCGACAGUACCAGUCAGGUAUCAGACCUGAAGGGACACUUUGUAACUCAAGUAGCCAUGGGGAAAGCUCACACCUGCGUUCUCACCAAGAGCGGGGAGGUGUGGACAUUUGGAGUGAAUAACAAAGGCCAGUGUGGUCGAGACACUGGAGCCAUGAGCCAGGCAGGGAAAGCUAUUGGAUGUGUUCCUGCCUUAGCAUUUGGAGUGGAGAACAUGGCUACUGCUAUGGAUGAGGACUUAGAGGAUGAGCUUGAUGAAAAGGAGGAGAAGUCUAUGAUGUGUCAGCCAGGCAUGCACAAGUGGAAGCUGGACCAGUGUAUGGUGUGCACCGUGUGUGGAGAUUGCACAGGGUACGGUGCUAGCUGUGUGAGCAGCGGGCGACCUGACAGAGUGCCGGGAGGGAUUUGUGGCUGUGGUUCUGGUGAGUCGGGCUGUUCAUCAUGUGGCUGCUGUAAAGCUUGUGCCAGGGAACUGGAUGGUCAGGAGGCCAGACAGAGGGGAAUCUUUGAUGCUGUGAAGGAAAUGAUACCACUCGACCUGCUCUUGGCUGUGCCUGUCCCUCCUCCCCCAGGCGUCAAUAUUGAAGAGCACAUCCAGAUUCGACAGGAGGAGAAGAGACAGCGUGUCAAUCGCCGGCACCGAUUGGAAGAGGGCCGAGGCCCCCUUGUUUACCCUGGUCCCCUUUUUAUGAACCAGCGUGAGCAGGUGCUAGCCAGACUAAGACCCCUUCAGGCCUUUAAGCUAAUGCGGGAGAAACUCAAAGAUGGCAGCAGUGAACGUGGGGACAAAGAUGCCAGUAAGAUCACAACCUAUCCUCCAGGGUCCGUGCGCUUUGAUUGUGCGAUGCGAGCUGUGCAGGUCAGCUGUGGCUUCCAUCACUCCGUGGUAUUAAUGGAGAAUGGUGAUGUUUACACCUUUGGUUAUGGACAGCAUGGACAACUUGGACAUGGAGAUGUUAAUUCUAGGGGGUCCCCCACUCUGGUGCAGGCUCUUCCUGGCCCCAGUACUCAGGUGACUGCAGGAAGUAACCACACUGCAGUGCUUCUCAUGGAUGGACAGGUCUUCACCUUUGGGAGUUUCUCGAAAGGGCAAUUAGGGCGGCCCAUUCUUGACAUGCCCUACUGGAACGCCAAGCCUUCUCCGAUGCCCAACAUUGGAGCAAAGUAUGGCCGCAAAGCCACGUGGAUCGGUGCCAGCGGUGAUCAAACCUUCCUUAGAAUUGAUGAGGCGCUGAUCAACUCCCAUGUCUUGGCCACCUCAGAGAUUUUUGCCAGCAAACACAUCAUAGGUCUGGUUCCAACAUCUGUAUCUGAGCCUCCACCCUUUAAAUGUCUAUUGAUUAACAAAAUAGAUGGGAGCUGCCGCACGUUCAAUGACUCAGAGCAGGAGGACCUCCAGGGGUUUGGACUCUGUCUAGACCCUGUCUAUGAUGUGAUCUGGAGGUUCCUACCUGCCACAUGUGAGAUUUGUUGCUAUAACGCUGUGAUAGCAGACGCUCGAGUGCCUCCCGCCUCUGACAUCCAGGCCCUCUGCAGCAUUCUUAGUCCUGAGCUUGCUCUGCCCUCAGGGUCUCAUGCCACCACCACACGUUCCCAUGGAGCUCUGCACAUCUUGGGUUGUCUUGACACACUGGCUGCUAUGCAGGAACUGAAGAUGGGUGUGGCCAGUGCUGAGGAAGAGACCCAGGCUGUGAUGAAGGUCUACUCUAAAGAAGACUACAGUGUGGUCAACCGCUUUGAGAGUCACGGAGGAGGCUGGGGUUACUCGGCACACUCUGUGGAGGCCAUCCGCUUCUGCGCUGAUGCUGACAUCUUGUUAGGGGGUUUGGGUCUCUUUGGUGGUAGAGGAGAGUACACUGCAAAGAUCAAAUUGUUUGAGCUGGGCCCAGAUGGUGGAGACCAUGAGACGGAUGGAGACCUGUUGGCUGAGACUGAUGUACUGGCUUAUGACUGUGCCGCUCGGGAGAAAUACGCCAUGAUGUUUGAUGAGCCUGUGCUCCUGCAGUUGGGCUGGUGGUAUGUGUCGUGGGCUCGUGUGUCAGGGCCCAGCAGUGACUGCGGAUCCCACGGCCAGGCAACCAUCACCACUGAUGAUGGUGUGGUCUUUCAGUUUAAAAGCUCCAAGAAAUCAAACAAUGGUACUGAUGUGAAUGCUGGACAAAUACCUCAGCUACUCUACAGGUUACCCUGUAAUGAUGGCAAUGCAGCCAAAGGGAAACAGCAGACCAGUGAGCCUGUUCACAUCCUCAAACGUUCCUUCGCCAGGACCGUCUCUGUGGAUUGUUUCGAGUCUCUUUUGAGUAUCCUGCACUGGAGCUGGACCACACUGGUGUUGGGAGUAGAGGAGCUCAGAGGGCUAAAGGGUUUUCAGUACACAGCCACCCUUCUGGACUUGGAGCGUCUGCGAUUUGUGGGCACAUGCUGUCUGCGACUACUGCGGGUCUACAUCUGCGAGAUAUUUCCCAUCUCUGCCAGCACCAAAGCAGUGGUGGAAGAGUCCAGCAAGCUGGCGGAGUGUGUAGGAAAGACACGCAGUCUCUUGAAGAAGAUCCUGUCAGAGGGGAUGGACAACUGCUUAACCAAACUGGACAAUGACCCGCAGGGAUAUCUGAGUCAGCCCCUCACUCUGCUGGAGGCUGUACUACAAGAGUGUCACAACACCUUUACUGCAUGCUUUCACACUUUCUACCCCACACCUGCCCUGCAGUGGGCCUGUCUCUGUGACCUGCUCAAUUGCCUUGAUCAGGACAUUCAAGAAGCAAACUUCCGCACAUCAAGCAGCCGUCUGCUUGCUGCCGUGAUGUCAGCGCUCUGUAACACAUCCGUCAAGCUGACCUCCAUCUUGCCCAUCGCUUAUGACGGAGAAGUUCUUCUGCGCUCGCUCGUCAAGCAGGUCAGCACGGAGAACGACUCCGCCCUCGCUCACCGCUUCCCCCUGCUGGUGGCACACAUGGAGAAACUCAGUCACACAGAGGAAAAUCUCAUGGGCAUGACAACGUUUCGAGAGGUUCUGGAGAAGAUGCUGGUCAUUGUGGUGCUUCCUGUGAGGAAGAGUCUGAGGAAGGAGAUGGAGCUUUUCUCUCCUCAUCUGGUGUCCAACACCUGUGGUCUUCUGGCCAGUAUUGUUAGUGAACUGACUGCUUCUGCUCUCGGCUCUGAGGUGGAUGGGCUCAACUCUCUGCAUUCGGUAAAGUCAACCCCCAAUCGCUUCACUAAGACCAGUCAGGGCCGCAGCUGGAACACCGGAAAUGGCUCCCCUGACGCCAUCUGCUUCAUGGUGGACAAGCCAGGGGUGGUGCUUGUGGGCUUCUGCGUCUACGGUGGAGGAGGCAUCCAUGAAUAUGAGCUGGAGGUGCUCGCUGAUGAUGCUCAGACGGAGAACCCUGGAGAUUCCACCCACUCCCACAGAUGGACGUCUCUGGAGUUGGUCAAAGGCACCUACAGCACUGAUGACACCCCCAGUGACAUUGCUGAGAUUCGACUGGACAAAGCUGUUCCUCUGAAGGAAAAUGUAAAAUAUGCUGUUCGUCUGCGAAAUUACGGCAGCCGUACUGCCAAUGGGGAUGGAGGUAUGACCACCGUGCAGUGCUCGGAUGGAGUUACUUUCACAUUCAGCACAUGCAGUUUAAGCAGCAAUGGCACCAACCAGACCAGGGGCCAGAUUCCUCAGAUUCUCUAUUAUAGGAGCGAAUAUGAUGGUGACCUGCAGUCGCAGUUGUUAAGUAAAGCCAACGAGGAGGACAAGAACUGCAGUCGGGCUCUCUCUGUGGUCAGCGUGGUGGUGCGGGCAGCCAAAGAUCUCCUGCACAGAGCCUUUGCUGUGGAUGCUGAAGAUAUUCCAGAGCUCCUGAGUUCCUCAAGUCUCUUCUCAAUGCUGCUUCCACUUAUUUUAGCGUACAUCGGCCCUGUCGCCUCCUCUGUGCCUAAGGCUGCCGUAGAGGUGUUUGGUUUGGUACAGGAACUUCUUCCAGCUGUUUCCGCCCUUAACCAGAAAUAUGCACCCCCUGCCUUCAACCCUAACCAAUCCACAGACAGCACGACUGGGAACCAACCCGAACCGGGCCUGUCAGCUUGCACCACCUCUAAUCAUUAUGCUGUUAUAGAAAGUGAUCACCCCUAUAAGCAGGCUGGUGUCACUCAGUAUAAGGUAUCCUUCCCAGACUGUGUUCGCUGGAUGACCAUUGAGUUUGACCCUCAGUGUGGCACAGCACAGCCGGAAGAUGUCCUCCGUCUCCUGAUUCCCAGCCGAUCACUGCAGUUUUCUGGGCUUGGCUCCAAAGCUCUGGCCCAUGAGACCAUCAACAGCUGGACCGAGCUCAAGAAGUUCUCUGGCUCAAGUGGCUGGCCCACUGCUGUCCUGGUGCUACCAGGAAACGAAGCUCUUUUUUCCUUGGAAACUGCAUCAGAUUAUGUGAAAGAUGAGAAGGCUUGUUUCUACGGAUUCAAAUGUGUGGCUGUUGGCUAUGAGUUUAGCCCUUGUGUUGAUGAGGGUAUCAUUCAGCUGGAAAAGGAAUUGGCCUAUUUGGGAAGUGUGUGUGCAGCAGCUCUCAUGAAAAAGGACCUAGCUUUACCCAUAGGAAAUGAUUUGGAGGAGGAUUUGGAGAUCUUAGAAGAGGCCUCACUCCAGGUGUGUAGAGCUCACUCAGGGAUCCUGGGGAAGGGGCUGGCCCUCUCUCACUCGCCCACCUUCCUGGAGGCACUGGAGGGCAACCUGCCACUGCACCUACAGACGAAUGAACACUCUUUCCUGGAGGACUUCAUCACCUGCAUGCAGAACUCAAGUGGUGGACGGCUUGCCAGGUGGCUUCAGCCAGACUCCUAUGCAGACCCUCAAAAAACCUCACUUAUUCUGAACAAAGAUGACAUCCGCUGUGGCUGGCCCACUACUGUGGUAGUGCAGACCAAAGACCAAUAUGGUGAUGUUGUUCAUGUGCCGAACAUGAAGGUUGAAGUGAAGGCAGUUCCUGUCUCUCAGAAAAAGUCCAUCCAGCAGGAGAACAUAAAGAAACUACAGCGUUUGCCAGGCAGCUCCUCUAACUCUGUAUCAGGCACUGAUCUGACUUUCGGUGGCCAUCCGGCACCCAAACUAGAGGCGACUUAUGAACCCAUGAUUAUAAAAGAAGCUCGCUAUGUUGCCAUCACCAUGAUGAAGGCAUAUGAAAAUUACUCGUUUGAGGAACUUCGCUUUGCUUCACCCACACCAAAGAGGCCUAGUGAGAACAUGCUCAUCCGGGCCAACACAGAUGGCACUUACAGCGCUAACUGGACCCCUGGUGCUGUUGGACUUUACACCAUUCAUGUGACCAUAGAUGGCAUUGAAAUUGAUGCUGGUCUGGAGGUGGAGGUGAAAGACCCACCCAAAGGAAUGAUCCCACCUGGCACACAGAUGGUUAAACCUAAAGCUGAACCUCAACCGAGCAAGGUGCGCAAAUUUGUGGCCAAGGACAGCGCAGGCUUGCGUGUGCGUAGUCAUCCCUCUCUCCAAAGCGAACAGAUAGGCAUAGUCCAUGUCAAUGGCACCAUCACAUUCAUUGACGAGAUCCACAAUGAUGAUGGUGUCUGGCUCAGACUGAAUGAUGACACAGUAAAGAAGUAUGUUCCCAACAUGAAUGGGUACACUGAAGCCUGGUGCCUCUCUUUUAACCAGCAUCUGGGCAGAAGCCUCCUGCUCCCCGUCGAUGAGGGCAGGUCAAGUUUGGAUCAAUAUGGAAACGAAACCAGCGGCCGUCCUUAUCAGGAGACCACCAUACGUGGCCUAAACACAGGCCUGGGUGGUGGACCAGGUCUUUAUAAGGUAGUGAAGACCGGACCUUCUGGUCACAACAUCAGAAGCUGCCCAAACCUUAGAGGUAUCCCCAUUGGAAUGUUAGUUCUGGGGAACAAAGUCAAGGCGGUAGGCGAGGUGAUUAACCCAGAGGGCACAUGGGUUCAGCUGGAUAAGAACAGUGUGGUGGAGUUCUGUGAGAGUGAUGAAGGUGAGGCCUGGUCUCUAUCCCGAGACAGAGGAGGGAAUCAGUAUCUGCUGCACGAGGAAGAGCAAGUGAUUUUGGAGCAUGGAGCCCAGACCCCACCUCCCAGCCCUUUCUCAGUCCAGGCAUUUAAUAGGGGCAUGGGCAGCUCAGGAGCUCAGGGCUUCGACUAUGGCAUUUCCAACAAUAAAGGUGACCGGCUGAGUGCCAUACUGAAUUCCAUUCAGUCUGGGCCUUUCCUCCCAACUCCUUCCAUGUUUGAGCAAGCUGCCAAACCUCCCUCCUCCCCUGUCCACAGCCCAUUUGUGUUUGGACAAUCCCUUACCCAGCAGCCUCAACCGCAUCCACAGCUUCCGAGUGACAGGGAAAAUGUGCCCAGUCGGUCCAUGUCUCCAGGCAGCAAGCAUCGUCAGGAGAGUCGUUCUUCCAGACCAGACAGUCACUCAGGCCGAACCACUUUAGUUGACCAGGUGAAGAGCAAGAACAAUGACAGUAUGUCUGCCAGUGAACCCCUCAUCCUAAAAUCAGAUACAGGCAAACUGCGUUCUGAUUCUCAUAGCCGUUCUCAUUCCCCUAACCACAACACCCUGCAAGCUCUGAAAGCCGAUGGCCGAACGGCUGAGUCUCCGAACCCUGGGUCCCGUUCUUCCUCACCCAAACAAAAGAUUUAUUCCUCAGGCAGAUCCAGCCCUUCCAGUGCCAAUGCCCCACGCUCCUCUUCUCCUCAUGAUAAAAACCUUCCUUCUAAAGUUAGUCCAUCUUCUAAAGCUCACCUGGACCCACCUCGUGAGAGAUCCAAAUCAGACUCCUAUACGCUGGAUCCUGACACUCUUAGAAAAAAGAAGAUUCCUCUUAUGGAGCCUCUGAGGGGCAGAUCUACUUCACCAAAGCCAAAACCACCAGCCAAAGAGGGCAAAGGAUGCAGUAAUGUUGAAAACCGAGCCCCAUCUCCUCACGUAGUGCAGGAAAACCUCCACAGUGAGGUGGUGGAAGUGUGCAGGUCUAGCGCAUUGUUGUCUAGCGAAGAAGCUAAUGAUGAGAAUGCAGAGCAGCAUAGUGCUGAAGAGGGCUCCUCCAAGGUGCACUUUAGUAUUGGAAAAGCCCCGGUCAAGGAGGACCUUGAAAGUCGUUCUUCACCCAAAAUCAGCCGUAAGACUUCCAGCAGGCAUGUGAGACCCAAAAAAGACAAAUCAGGGCCACUCUUUAAGAGUGAGAAUGUACGCCCCACAGAACCAGCAAAGCAGGCCAUGUCACCAUCGGUUGCCGAAUGUGCUCGUGCUGUGUUUGCUGCCUUCUUGUGGCAUGAGGGUAUAGUCCAUGAUGCCAUGGCGUGCUCAUCCUUUCUCAAGUUCAACCCUGAGCUGACCAAAGAGCAUGCACCUAUUCGCAAUUCUCUCAGCUGCCAGCAAGGCUUUGACGAGAAGGAGAGCAAACUAAAGAACCGCCAUUCACUGGAGAUCUCCUCUGCUCUCAACAUGUUCAACAUAUCACCCCAUGGCCCAGACAUCUCCAAGAUGGGAAGCAUCAACAAGAACAAGGUUCUGUCCAUGCUAAAAGAGCCACCCUUGCCUGAGAAGUGCGAAGAUGGGAAAAGUGAGGCGGUCGUCUAUGAGAUAACAAGUCACUCCACCAUGAGGUCCAAGUCUAUCUUGCCUCUCACCCUUCAGCACCUAGUAUCCUUCUGGGAGGACAUAUCUAUGGCAACCAUAAAAGCAGCUACACAGAACAUGAUUUUUCCCAGUCCAGGUUCCAGCGCUAUCCUAAAAAAGAAGGAGAACGAAAAGGAUGGCAAGAAGGCAAAGAAGGAGAAGAAGAAAAAGGAGAAAGCCGAGGUGCGUCCCAGGGGGAACCUCUUUGGGGAGAUGGCACAGUUAGCUAUGGGAGGCCCAGAGAAGGAUACCAUCUGUGAGCUGUGUGGAGAAUCUCACCCGUAUCCUGUUACUUACCACAUGAGGCAGGCCCACCCAGGCUGUGGCCGGUAUGCUGGGGGUCAGGGCUAUAACAGUAUUGGCCACUUCUGUGGAGGCUGGGCUGGUAACUGUGGAGAUGGUGGAAUUGGAGGGAGCACCUGGUAUCUGGUGUGUGAUCGUUGUAGAGAGAAAUACCUUAGAGAGAAACAAACAGCUGCUAGGGAAAAGGUUAAGCAGUCAAGGAAGAAACCUCUUCAAGUAAAAACCCCACGGGCUCUUCCCACAAUGGAGGCCCACCAGGUGAUUCGUGCCAAUGCGCUGUUCCUGUUGUCCCUGAGCAGUGCUGCUGAGCCGAGCCUGCUUUGCCAUCACCCACCCAAACCCUUCCACACACAUCUGCCCAGUCUAAAGGAGGGAGUGUCUGAGGAAUUACCAAACAAGAUGGGUUGUCUCUAUCUGCAGACCCUAGCUCGCCAGCACACAGAGAACUUCGGAGCCUACCAAGAAGAUAACCUGUUUCAGGAUGAAAUGCGUUAUUUGCGUUCUACAUCAGUUCCUGCUCCCUACAUCUCAGUCACUCCAGAUGCCUGCCCCAGUGUUUUUGAAGAGCCAGCAAGUAACAUGAAGUCCAUGCCGCCAAGUUUGGAGACAAGCCCGAUCACAGACAGUGACACAGCCAAGAGGACAGUAUUCCAGCGCUCAUAUUCAGUGGUGGCCUCUGAAUAUGACAAGCAGCACUCAGCCUCCCCAGCACGAGUAAAGGCAGUGCCCAGGCGCAGGGUACACAGUGGGGAUGCAGAAGUUGGGUCUUCUCUACUCCGUCACCCAUCUCCUGAGUUGUCUCGACUGAUCUCGGCCCAUGGCUCUCUCAGCAAGGGCGAGAGAAAUUUCCAGUGGCCUGUGUUAGCAUUUGUGAUCCAGCAUCAUGAUCUGGAGGGAUUAGAGGUGGCCAUGAAACAUGCGCUUCGCAAAUCAGCCUGCAGGGUGUUUGCAAUGGAGGCAUUUAACUGGCUGCUUUGUAAUGUGACUCAGACCACUUCCCUGCAUGAUAUCCUAUGGCACUUUGUGGCAUCUCUGACCCCAUCUCCCUUUGACACAGAAGAAGAGGAGGAUGAGGAAACCAAAGGAAACAAGGAGAACCUUGAGCAGGAGAAGGAUUUAGGUGUCUGUGAGCACCCACUCUCUGACAUACUUAUCGCUGGAGAAGCUGCUCAUCCGCUGCCCCACACUUUUCAUCGUCUGCUCCAGACCAUCUCUGAUCUUAUGAUGUCCCUACCUAGUGGAAGCUCCCUCCAGCAAAUGGCCCUGAGAUGUUGGAGUCUUAAAUUCAAGCAGUCAGAUCAUCAGUUCCUGCACCAGAGUAAUGUGUUUCACCACAUCAACAACAUUUUGUCCAAAUCUGACGAUGGCGAAAGCGAGGAGAGUUUUAACAUCAGUGUGCAGUCUGGAUAUGAAGCGAUCAGUCAUGAACUGUGUGUGGUGACCUGUCUGAAAGACCUGACUAGUGUGAUGGACAUUAAAACCUCUAGCAGACCUGCCAUGAUUGGCAGCCUGACUGACGGCUCCACUGAGACAUUCUGGGAGUCUGGGGAUGAAGAUAAGAACAAAACAAAGAACAUUACUAUUAGCUGUGUUAAAGGGAUCAAUGCUUCCUAUGUCUCUGUACAUGUGGACAACUCCCGUGACAUUGGAAAUAAAGUAACAUCAAUGGCUUUCCUGUGUGGGAAGUCUGUGGAAGAUCUCUGCAGGAUCAAACAGAUUGACUUGGACUCCAGACACAUGGGCUGGGUUACCAGUGAGCUUCCUGGAGGGGACCACCAUGUUAUCAAGAUUGAGCUUAAGGGGCCUGAAAACACGCUUAGGGUACGACAGGUCAAAGUACUUGGCUGGAAGGAGGGCGAUAGCAUCAAGAUUCCAGGGCAGAUAUCAGCCAGUGUUGCCCAGCAGAAGAACUGUGAGGCUGAGACGCUUCGUGUAUUUCGCCUUAUUACAUCACAGGUAUUUGGAAAACUGAUUUGUGGUGAUGCAGAACCAACACCAGAACAAGAAGAGAAGAACCUGCUGUCAUCACCUGAGGGUGAAGACAAGGCCCCAUCUGAUGCAGACUUAAAGGAGCACAUGGUUGGCAUUAUUUUCAGCAGGAGCAAGCUGACUAACCUUCAGAAACAGGUAUGUGCCCAUAUCGUCCAAGCCAUUCGAAUGGAGGCCACACGUGUACGUGAGGAAUGGGAGCAUGCCAUCUCCAGCAAGGAGAAUGCAAACUCGCAGCCAAGUGAUGAUGAUGCCUCGUCGGAUGCGUACUGUUUUGAGCUAUUGUCUAUGGUACUGGCCUUGAGCGGAUCCAACGUUGGCAGGCAGUAUCUGGCUCAGCAGCUCACCCUCCUGCAGGACCUCUUCUCCCUGCUUCACACUGCUUCACCACGUGUCCAGAGACAGGUGACAUCACUGCUCAGACGCGUUCUUCCUGAGGUUAGUCCCAUGCGUUUGGCCAGUGUCAUUGGUGUGAAGGCCCUGCCACCAGCGGACAUCAGUGACAUCAUUCACUCUACUGAGAAGGGCGACUGGACCAAGCUUUGCAUUUUGGAUAUGUUCCUGGGCUGCAUUGCCAAAGCCCUCACCGUGCAGCUCAAGGCUAAGGGGACCACUAUAGUUGGCACAGCUGGCAUGGCUGCAGGCAAAGGAGUCACAACAGUCACCCUGCCAAUGAUCUUUAACUCAAGUUACAUACGACGUGGAGAGAGUCACUGGUGGAUGAAGGGCUCAACUCCACCACAGAUAGCUGAGAUUAUCAUCAAACUGGUCAAAGACAUGGCUGCCGGGCACCUCUCAGACGCCUGGUCCAGAGUGACGAAGAAUGCUAUAGCCGAGACAAUUAUUGCACUCACAAAGAUGGAGGAAGAAAACAGAUCUCCAGUGCGCUGCAUUGCUACCACUCGGCUGUGGCUUGCUCUGGCCUCUCUGUGUGUGCUGGAUCAGGACCAUGUGGACCGACUAUCCUCUGGUCGCUGGAUGGGUAAAGACGGGCAGCAGAAACAGAUGCCCAUGUGUGAUAACCACGACGACGGGGAGACCGCGGCCAUCAUUUUAUGUAAUGCAUGUGGAAAUCUGUGCACUGACUGCGACCGUUUCCUACAUCUCCAUCGGCGCACACGUUCCCACCAGAGACAGGUGUUUAAGGAAGAAGAGGAGGCCAUUAAGGUGGACCUUCAUGAAGGCUGCGGUAGGACCAAACUCUUCUGGCUUAUGGCACUUGCUGAUUCCAAGACCAUGAAGGCCAUGGUGGAGUUCCGUGAGCACACAGGGAAACCAGCAUCCAGCAGUUCAGACGCCUGCCGCUUCUGUGGUACCAGGAACGGAACAGAGCUAUCUGCUGUGGGAAGUGUGUGUUCAGACCAAGACUGUCAGGAGUAUGCAAAACUGGCCUGCAGUAAGACUCAUCCGUGUGGUCACCCAUGUGGUGGGGUAAAAAAUGAAGAAAUGUGUCUGCCCUGUCUGCAUGGUUGUGAAAAAACUGCAGUGUGUCUGAAACAGGACGCUGAUGAUAUGUGCAUGAUCUGCUUUACUGAAGCUCUGUCUGCUGCUCCAGCAAUCCAGCUGGAGUGCAGUCACGUUUUCCAUCUUCAGUGUACACGAAGGGUUUUGGAAAACCGCUGGCUUGGGCCCAGGAUAACCUUUGGGUUCAUGUCUUGCCCUAUUUGCAAGAACAAGAUAAACCACUCUGUACUGAAAGACCUGCUGGACCCCAUCAGAGAGCUGUAUGAGGAUGUGAGGAGAAAGGCUUUAAUGAGACUAGAGUAUGAAGGUCUACACAAGAGUGAAGCCAUCACAAUGUCUGGAGCUCGAUUCUACAAUGACCCAGCUGGAUUUGCCAUGAACAGAUACGCUUACUAUGUCUGCUUCAAGUGUAAAAAGGCAUAUUUUGGGGGCGAGGCCCGCUGUGAUGCUGAGGCAGGACAAGGCGAUGACUAUGAUCCCCGUGAGCUCAUUUGUGGAGCAUGCUCAGAUGUGUCCCGAGCACAGAUGUGCUCUAAACAUGGCACAGAUUUCUUGGAAUAUAAAUGCCGUUACUGUUGCUCUGUGGCUGUCUUCUUCUGUUUUGGCACCACGCAUUUUUGCAAUGCCUGUCAUGAUGAUUUCCAGAGGAUGACCAGUGUUCCCAAAGAAGACUUGCCUCAUUGUCCUGCUGGACCGAAAGGGAAACAGUUAGAGGGCAGCGAGUGCCCACUGCACGUGGUACAUCCUCCCACAGGAGAGGAGUUUGCACUGGGUUGUGGUGUUUGUAGAAAUGCCCAUACCUUCUAAAUGGCAGGAUCCUGUAAUGAUCUGUUUGUCUAUAUAUAAAGUAUCCUCCUGUGUCAAAUAGCUCACUUGUCAACACAACAAGAGAGCAGAUUCACCGGUUGUCCUGUUCCUGGGGGAAAUUUAACUGACACCCUGUGUUCUGUGGUGCACCCCUCUCUUUAGAUGCUGAAGAAUUACAAAAAGAACAAAAAAAAACCUUUGUGACAUGUUUGCAUGCAGCCACUGUAACCCUGCGGCUCCCAUAAACAUUGCACACUUUCUGACCAUUGAAGUGUAACAACAUAUUAAGGAUUUUCAAACCGAAUCUGAGGCUGCUUAUCACCGAAUGGAUGUGUGAAAUUAGGUGAAACAAGAUGAAUUCAGCAUCUCAGAUAUACAAAUUUAAGAUUAUAUUGUUGUAUGUAAACUUUUCUUUUCUUAUAUUGUACAGUAUUCCUUAACUUUGAAGUGCAUCAUGGUUUGACGGAUAAAGAAUAAAAUUAUAUAUAAGGACUGUAGAAUGUUACGCUGGGAGGAAUAGUGUACGAUUUAUCUAAUCUUGUAUAUAAUGACAAUAACCCUUCAUAUGUGUAUUCUGAUGUUGCUACUCUACACUUCAGUUUUGUUUGACAUUCUGGGUUUUGUUUUGAGCCAGAAGUUUUAAUGAAUUGCAAUACUGGGUGUGCCUCCUUGCAGAUGUAAACAUAUGGAAUGUAUGACAAUAAAACCACUGUACGUUUUUAUACAGUGAUACACACUCGGUUGUGUUUUCCCCUG